AUCCAGUAUGUUUAAAUGUAGAUCAUUAUGAAAUAACAAGACUGUAUUCAAAGAGGAAGUAAAUAUCGAGGAACUUCUUUGUUCUGCUAACAGAGAAAAAUAUUUUGUUGACAAAGUAAGUCUGCGCAACCAUAUAGGUAUGAUGAAGAACUGUGUUGGAUUCCUUUUAUUUGUUUUCGUCUUCACAGCAAAUAAUAAAAAAAUUGUAAAUGCUUGCACAAUAGACGAGUUCGAAUGCAUUGAUGGAAAAUGUAUCAAUUUAACAAAAACAUGCGAUAACGAAUUUGACUGUGACCUUCCAGAUCACUCCGAUGAGAUUAAUUGUACAUAUAUUCAACCAUGCCCUGAAGGUAAUCAUAAAUGUGAGACAGGCGAAUGUGUUAACAAUCAAACAGAAUGUCCAAUAGUGACAUCAAUAUUAUCGUUAUCUUCUUCCAUUGCUAUCGAUAUUCAAUCUUCUUUUGUACUACCAACUACAAGUUCAAAGUUGAUAUCAGCCACCAGUCAUUCCAAUUCGUAUACAUUGAUGAAGUCAUCCCAAUACAAUCUAUUAGAGACAUGGUCGGAUGCUAGUUUAUCGUCAACGGUAAUACAAUUGUCAUCAAUCUCCACUUUACCCGAAAGACUUUCCACUGCUGUUUUUUCUUCAGACACUCAAAAUACGUUCCAUUUACAGUCAUCGUCAGCUUUUAUGUCAUCAUCAGAUUCAAUAAAACCAAUAACAACGCAUCUUCCAUAUCAGACCUCAGUUAUAGACACAACACCAACAUAUCCUGUAACGACUCCUCCAACAGAAGAUCACAAACCCGAUGAGGGAAGUAAUACGUUAUUAUAUUUAUUAUUUCUCUUAGUUUUAUUGAUUCCACUGACCAUAUUUGUCGCAAGGAGAUACAGAAGGAAAAUGAGAAGCUUCGUUUACGUAGUAACAGGGAAGACAAAUAAAAAAUAUGAUGCAGCGAGGAAUAGUGAGAUGGAACAAAUAAGAUGAAAUGAGAAAAAAUCAUUUCACUGAAUCCUCAAUCGUCGAACAGAUCAGACAAAAAUCUACUUGCAAUUGUCCCUUUAAGAAUAUUUUAACCUCUGUAAAGUAUUUACUUCAAAGACGCCUAUUUAUGCAUAUAUACAUAUAUUUUAUUUUUAUAUUUUUUAUACUAUGUCGAAUUAAAAUAAGUUUGCUAUAUCUAUAUCUGUUAUUUUCACAAAUCUAAAAUACUGUUUUUGUUAACAAUAUAACACACUUUGAUAGUCUUUGGUGUUGCCCUUUAGAUGUCUUUAUGUUACUAACUUCAUCGGAAUGCAGCCUCCGUGAUAUAUCAAACAUCUGCUAUAUUCAUAAGAAGAUAUAUAAACAACAACUUAAGCUACGUUUAAUUUGACCAAACUUUAGUUUAGAUUUUUUACAUAACAACAAAACUUCACUAUCAUGACUAUUAAUUUCUGAAUAAAAAAUUAUAUAGCCCUUA